CGGAUUUGAGUACCACGCGAUGAAGACGGCGGCUUCAAUUAAUCCAGAAUUAAGAGUGCAGUGAUACGGGGUGUUUUAGUUUUUGCAAAUAGUUAAUCAAAAUAAUGAAGGAAAGCCUUAGAAUUAAAUAACCUUUGCUCUCUUAAAACUUUGUUAUCUCUGUGAUUGUGUAAAUUAAAUUCAAGCUGAGAUCCUUCAAUGAUUUAAUGGUUAAAUUUUAAAUUGUAAAACUUAUGUUGUAUCCAUCAACCGUCUUUAAAAUAUAAUUAACAUUUUCUAGUGAUCUUAACGGAACCUGUUUCAAUAAGGCUUAAAAAUGGCAAGGCUAUUUUUAAUAUUCAGUAUUCUUACGAUUCUCGCAUAUAUACCCGACACCAGUUUCGUAAUAGCGGAAUUAACUACAAAAGAGCGAAUAAAGAAACAUCAAGAAUGGCUGAGAGAGCACCGAAAACCCAAGACGAAAAAAAUUCAUUCGAACAACUCAUAUUUUGAGCUCGCCAAUUUGUGGCAUACGAGAAAAGAUUUAUCGCUUAAGCAAAAGCCAAAUAACAAAGAAGAAUAUUUGGAGAACGAGACCACUAGUAAAAUAUCUAACAAAUCCGAUGAAAAAGUAUUAAAGCCAACGAGUAUACUAAUAAAUAUCACAAAUCAAAGUACAUCGACAUCCAAACUUGAACUGGAAUCAACUACAUCAGCAAGUUUGUUUACUAGAGGUCUCGUCGAAAAUGGCGAAGUUGCAACAACAAUACAAACCUUAAAAGUCGACGAGGUUUUCUCGUCUCCAAAUCCACCAAAAGAAAUAACUACAAAAAAGAUGAAAAAGAAAGUGUACCCAUAUCCAAGAUGGGAUAAAUGGAGUAACUGGAGCGCUUGUUCGCGAAGUUGCGGCGGAGGCGUAAAGUAUCAAACUCGAAAAUGCAUUAACCGAAACCUAUUAACGAAUAAUCAGCUUACGAGUAAUGCAUGUGUUGGUUACUUCAAACGCUAUGAGCUCUGCAAUGAUGUUCCAUGCGACGCCCAAUCCCCGGAUUUUCGAGCCUCUCAAUGUAGUGCUUACAACGAUAAAGAGUUUCAUGGUCAUCGAUAUAGGUGGGAACCAUACGUAAAGGAUGAUGCUGAAUGUGAGCUCAACUGCAUGCCUCUUGGAAUUAAUUCUUUUGCCACACUUAACGAGUCCGUAAUUGAUGGUACGCCUUGUCAACACCCCGCUGAAUACUAUCGAUCGCAACUUUGGAACCGAGCUGUUUGUGUUGAUGGUGCUUGUAAGGCGGUACACGCCAGUGGCGAGAUUGACGGAUUGUAUGCUCACAGCGGGUCCGUCAGUUGCGGUGGUUUACUGUGUCGACCUGUCACCGGGAUCUUUACUCGAGAUCCUCUUCCGGAACAAGCUUAUAUACAUGUUGCUACGUUACCAGUGGGUGCCUCCAAUAUUUCAAUAACGGAACUCAAGAACAGCAUAAACUUGCUAGUCCUGCGUACGUCUAAGGAGGUAUCCAUUGUCAAUGGCGAAAAUGCUGUGUCGGAAAGUGGAUCCUAUGAAGCGGUUGGCGCCGUAUUUGACUAUCACCGAAUCGAUGGAGCUCAGGAUAGUAAUGGGGUGACAGAGUGGAUCACAAGUGUUGGGCCCAUCAGGGACUCAUUGCAACUUAUGGUUUUUACCAAGACUCCGAACAAUACUGGCAUAAAGUACGAGUACAUGCUGCCGAUAAUAUCCGAAUCCGAGGAAAACGAGAUGUCCUUGGAGAGUAGCGAUGGUCUGUUGAGGUCCGGAAUUGAGGACACCAGUUCAUUCAGUAGCUCGAGGCCUGGGCGAAAGCGUAUUUUUAAUUGGAAAGUAAUUGGGUUCAGUGCCUGCACGAAAUCCUGUGGAGGCGGCACUCAGGCACCCAUUAUACGUUGCAUUCGCAAGAAUCCACUGCGGUAUUACUCGCAACGCCGUUGCACGCAUUCCGUGAAACCGGUCCUCAAUGAGAACCUACUGCACUGCAACACGCAACCCUGUCCGGCGUAUUGGAGAUUCGAGGAUUGGGGCGAGUGCCGCUGUUUGGCCAGCGGAGGCUUCCGUCGGAGAGAGGUCAGUUGCGUUCAGGAACUGGCCUCCGGGCUGGUCAUCCACGUCGAUAAGGCCGCCUGUUUGGAGGAUCAACCGCCCACCCAGAAACAGUGCGAAUGUCCCAAGACCCGGCGUCGCAACUUGUCCCGAUAUCGCCUGCAAGGCGGUUCGGAGUCCUCGAAUAGUACUCAGGUCAAGAGGAGCAAAACCGAAGGGUCCGAGCUAAAUGCCAUCUGGUUGAUGUCCGAGUGGAAUCAGUAUUGCUCGGCCACUUGUGGCUCGGGCGUUGAGUAUCGAACAGUAUUUUGUGAUCGCUCCAAGGCCGGCGAGCAGCGAUGUGAUCCCAGCACCACUCCCGAAAGUCGUCGACCCUGCAAGAAGCCCAGUUGCGAGUUGGGCGACUGGUUCACAGGUCCUUGGUCCUCGUGCAACGGCGACUGCUUCGACUUGACCCGCAGCCGGGAGGUGCUGUGCAUCCAAAACCAGCUGAUCACAGAGCCCAAGGAGUGCACGCCAGAGCUAAAGCCGCAAACUGUCGAGAAGUGCUCCCACGAGGAGGUGGAGUAUUGCGCUGCCCGUUGGCAUUAUUCGGAUUGGUCUGAGUGUACAAAACCAUGUGGGGGUGGUACCCAGCGUCGCAGUGUAAAAUGUUUGGAAUACGAUAUAAAGAUGAACGCCUUACGGGAAUCAACGCAAUGUCGUUACACGACCAGGGAACCCAUAUAUCGUACCUGCAACACCGAAAAGUGUGAAGAAGAACAGAAAAGUAAAGCUACUCCGACUUGCACUGAUAAGUUCGCCAAUUGUCAAUGGGCUUCGCAAGCUAAGCUUUGUAGCUACGAUUAUUAUCGCGAGAACUGCUGUGUUUCUUGUACUGGUGGCAUUUAAAGUAUUUAGCUUGUAAGAAUCUUACUUAACUAAU